AUGGCUUCUCCGACAAUUACAGCAUUGACCAUUCUGCUUCUUUUCGAACAGGGGAAAUGCGACCUGUGCGACAUCUGCCGUCGGAAGCGAGACAGCGCGGUUCGUUUGCCGUACAACCAACGGUGGUACUUCGACGCCUCCUCAUUUCUCUGCCAGCCGUUCAACUUCUGCGACGACGAGAUCACCGAACGCAUGAAGAGCCGCAAGUCCAAGGCUGAAAUCAACUGCGGAGGCGUGGACUGUUUCGAGUGGCUGUACGAGUCGCUGAAGAAGAGGCAGGCGCAGGAGAGCGACCUGCCCAAGGUCAUGCUGAGCCACCACCAGUACCAGGUGCACCAGGAGACGACGCAGACGUCGGUAUCCAAGCAGCCCGUCUUCACCGAGGCGGCCAGGCACAGCGAGGCCACCACCACCCUGCGGUCCUCCACGGUUACGGCUAGGGCCAUACUCAAGGAACCCGCCACUUCCCAAGACGAUGCCGAAGCUGAAGCUCCCUACGAGUUCGGCUUGUCCAAGCCUGAGGCUAUACACGUCCCUUUAGAUUAA